AUGACGCCCGCCCGCAAUAGUAAUGUUCAGCUGUUAGCAGUACUUGUCGAUUGGGAUGACGAGGAAGAGGGCGAGUACCGCUUCCUGGUCGACGGACAAUCGGACCUUUGGCCCGUAUUAAUUCCACUACUGCCGCCCUUCCCUCCUGGUGAAUGGAACGAGGGCCAUGUCUCCAAGGACCCUCUGAGUGGGCACCCAGUCUUCUCCCACUAUACGCAAAGCGACUUGCCCGAAAUUUCAAACACCUGGCACCACAGGCGGAUCGAUCAUCUAGAGUUCAAGCAGGUCCAUCAACUACGGCAGAACAUUCACGUGGUUACGCAUCCGCUCUUUGAUCAAACCCUGAUUGUCAAGUUUGCCGAGUUCCCUUGGCAAAUAUCCUACUUCAAGGCCGAAACAAAAGCGUAUGAAUGGCUCAAUUGUCAUGGAAUUGGCCCCAAGUUCAUCGCUCAUUUGACCGAGGCCGGGAGUGUCUUUGGUUUCGUCACGGAGUACAUUGACGGCGCAAGGUUCGCUGACACCAGAGAUCUGGCGGCCUGCCAAGAAAGUCUCUCUCGGCUUCACUCUGUAGGUAUUAAGCACGGCGACAUUAACAAGUAUAAUUUUCUUAUCCGAGAAGGGAAAGCUAUGCUAGUUGAUGUCGAGGCCUCGCAGAGGUGCAAUGAGAAGCAAGAGCUCGAAGCAGAGUAUGAGCAGCUCGAGGCUUCACUAAGCGACACUUCAACAAAAGGCGUCCCGUAUACGUAA